GUCAGCCAUUGCAUUCCACCUUACCAUGUUUUAAAUUAUCAAGUGGGCCUAUAUAACAUCAUAUCCCUAUAGACUCUAGAUCUAUACAUUGUGCCCCUGAUAAACUAUCAGACUUUGAACCAAAACAAAACUAGAGACUUUGAGCUGCACCCACCCUUUUAUUUCUAACAGACUUUGCACUUCUUCUAAAAUCCCCUUCUUUCGCUUACUAGACUUGACGUCCGGGAGUACUUCGGUGAUCGGACAGGAUCGAAGUUAUAUUUUAUUCUUGCAUACGUGAACAUGGGAAUUCAACGACAGCUAUUGAGUUUUUUAUCUGGUCGCACUGCCUUGAUCACUGGAUCCACCAGUGGUAUAGGAGAAGGUGUAGCCAAAGCUUUGGCUAGUAGAGGAGCUAAUAUUGUAUUCAACGGUUUCGGUGAUGAAAAUGAAAUAAAAAAACUGGUUGACAAUGUGCAGAAAGAUUACAAUGUCCAAACAACUUUCAUUGGUGGUGAUUUGACAAAGGAGAAGGAUGUUCAGGCAUUAUACGACAAUGCUCUAUCGAAGUUUCCUGGUGGGAUUGAUAUACUGGUGAACAAUGCUGGAUUUCAAAAUGUAUCCCCUCUUGAGAACUUCCCUCUUGAUGUCUUCAACAAGAUGGUUGCUGUGAUGUUAACAGCCCCAUUCCACUUGACCAAACUCUGUGUUGGAAACAUGAAGCAAAAAGGGUGGGGCAGAAUCAUCAAUAUUGCCUCAGUUCAUGGACAUGUUGCAUCUCCUAAUAAAACAGCAUAUGUGGCCAUCAAGCAUGGUAUCAUUGGAUUCACAAAGGCUGUUGCUAUUGAGACAGCAGGCACAGGUGUAACCUGCACAGCAAUGUGUCCUGGAUAUGUUGAGACACCAUUAUUCAUCAAACAAGCAGAAGACAUUGCUAAGAAAAUUGGUGGUACAUAUGAUGACGGAAAGAAACAAAUAUUGAGAGUUCAUCCUACAGGAGAACCAGUAAAAGUGGACGAGGUUUCAGAGUGUGUGGCUUUCCUCUGCUCCCAAGCAGCAAGUCAAAUGACUGGGUCUUCGCUUAUUGUUGAUGGAGGCUGGGUUUCUCAUUAAUACUUACUUGUUUUUAAAUUAAAUUAAUUACAAAACUAACAGAACCAUAAAAAUACAGUUAAUAAUGUAAAUAUACAUGAAAGGCAUACCCUCACCACAAUAUCUUUAAAAUUGUAAAUCAAAUUGUUUAAUUCCUUUAAAAUCCUGAGAACAUCAUUAGUGUUCAGAACUGCCCCUGGAAGGUGAUUUUAAUGUCUCAUUGCGAUUGCAUAAUGUUCUUUUCAUAACAAAUAUAAAAUUUGUAAGUAGUUAACAUAAUGGUAAAUGUAAUCACUUUAUUGUUAAAUGAAUCCUUAGAAUCAGAGGUUAGUAUUGACUUAGCAUUUUGACAGCCAUUACAUUUUUUUCCCAACUUGAACUCCCUUUGAAUCCAAGUUUUGAAGGGACCAAAGAAGAAAGCUAGCUAUAUUUCUUAGCAUUCCUUUGUUACUGAUUGUUAUUUUUCAAAUAACGCAAACUUCAGAUUGUUGCUCCCUUUCCCAAGUUACCGUUAAAUGUGUCAUUUUUUUUUAGUUACAGUAAAAAUGCACAUAAACAGUGCUACCUCUGAUAUAAAUCUGUAUUCCACUUUAUGAUGGAAAUUAAAAGUUAAAUGAGAAAACGAGAAUUGAAAGCUUGCUGCAUAUUUUAUUUUUCUGAUUAUUUUAAUAUGCAAUAGUGCCAUAUUUUUUGUAUUGCUUUUAUUUAAUGAAGCAAAGUUGUGUACUUUAAUUGCUAAUUAUUAUCACUGGAUAUUAAAAGGUGAAUCUUCAUAAAAGCCAUAAUGAUCAGAUCGAACAAAUCUCCAAAGUUGGCUGUAACAAAAUUUAUGAGCAAAAAGGUUUUACUUGACAUGUACAAAAUAUUUUUUUUUACUUGACGUUUCCUAGAUGACAAAUUAUUUGAGAUGCUGACAAGAUCAUUUACACCAUCAUAUUUAUUUUCUUUCACUAAUAGUGCCCUAGUGAUGUUUUUGUAUUAUUUGUACUCUUGUUUACUGUAAUGAAAGCUGUUAAAAUGUUAUUGUAAUGAUAGCUUUGUUAAUUAAGUGUGCUGUGCAAUGGAAAUUUUUAUUUGUUGCCUAAAAGGCCUAAUAAUAAAAAUUACAUUAUUGCCUA